UUUGAUAGAAGAAACGUAAGAAAAUAUCAAUUUAGAAACCAAAAAAAACUCAGAUUAUUGUUUCUUAAAGGAAAAGAUAUAGGAAAAUAUCUAGAGCUUUUACUGUAGCACUGAAAAUGAUAUAUUUUGAAACGUAUAUACCUGAGACAAAGAAGAAGAACCUAUUGGUACCAUGAGUUAGUGUGGUGGAUCGACCGUAAACCAUUCAUACUUUUUUUUGACUAAAACUUUUAUGUGUGUCAAUUUUCUUCUCAAAAAAAAAACUUUUUUGUGUAAAAUUCUUAUUUAUGGUAUCGUGUGAGUAAAAGUGAUUUUUGAUACGGUGCAAGUGAAAGCAAAACACGAAAAAUAUAUUAUCGCAUAAAUCAUUAAAUAAAUCUAAAAAUAAAUUAAACUAACGGAGAAAGCCAACGUGAAAAAUUCAUUAGCGGUAAAUGGUCGAGGACAUUUUAUAUUCUGUUCUUUCCAAGGCCACUUGUCAAACAGAAAUGGAACCUGAUUGUCCUUUUAUGGCUCUUUUGUCCUAUAAAGUUUGCAUCUUUUUAUUUUUUUUUAUUAGAUUCAGAAGAAUAAUAAAUUAAUAUAACGUCGGCCGAACAUUUUUUCGAAAUUUUAAAAUUAAUAAUAUAGUAAAUUUCGGGACACACACGCAGUCACGCACCAAAAAGAGAAUAUACCAUACAUACUUUCACAUUUCGUGAAAACAUACUCUCUCUAUUUAUAAGCAUUGAAUCUUAUAUUAGCUUGGCUUGAACAAAAGCCAUACAUACACACACUACUUUUCUCCUCUAGCUUGAAGAUAACCAUCAAAGCAAUGACCACCGUUAAAUUCCUCUGUAGCUACGGCGGGAGAAUCAUCCCUCGUUAUCCCGACAACAAGCUACGUUACCACGGUGGCCACACACGUGUCCUCUCCGUCAAACGCUCCAUAUCGUUCGCCGAGCUGGCGGUUAAGCUCGGCGAGGUAUGCGGGAUGAAGGUGAUAAGUCUUCGGUGUCAGUUACCAACGGAUGAUCUCGACGCGCUUGUCACCGUAUCAUCCGACGAGGAUCUAGCCAACCUCAUGGAGGAAUAUGAUCUCGCUGCGACGGCGCUUAAGAUCCGUGUUUUCCUUUCUCCUCCGCUUUCAACGACGUCGUCUUCUUCUUCGUCGAACUCAUCAACCUCUCGCUCUUGCUCUCCUUCGUCUCCGUCAACUGUGGACCCGAAGACAUGUCCGGUCUGUGUAGAGAGAUCGCAUCAUCGCAACACAAACAAGGGAUGCUACGUUCAAAGAAGUCCGAGCCGUGAUCAGCUCUAUCUUGUCCGCAAUUGAAACUCAUCACUUACACUGUGGCAAUGACUAGAAUUCUUGAAUUCUUAGGAGUUUUAUCUUAACACCGUGAGGAUCAGUUUCGGAUAAGGCAGAAGUGAACUCGAGAGUUUCUGUUUAUGUAACUGUAGGACCGCGAAGAUCAUGAAAAUCAAGAAACAGAAUCGAGAUAAUAUAAGGUUGAAAAACUUUUAAAAAAUGGUUAACUAAGAUGAAUUCACAGAGUUUCUGUUUAUGUAUUUGAUAUUUUUCUUUAAUUCAAUAAAUCGUCGUUUUUGAAUAACAAGAUACAAUUGUAAUGAGACUAUUUUGUAAUUGUAAUGAGAUUAUUAUUGAGAAAAAAAUAGAGAAAUCAAAUAAAAACAGAAUAUGCUAUAUAUCUUCUUCUUCUUUUUUGAGAAAAGGCAUUGAAUAUGCUAUAUAUCGUGCGUGAAUUGCCCCAUACAUUUGAACAUCUUGUUAAUCGUCUACAAGAUUCGAGGUUCACUAUGUGUGUUAGGAUACAUCGUACAUGUUCGAUCGGUGAUGAAAUACACAUCGUUUUAAAAAAUACUAGAACCAAUGUGUGUGUGUGUGUGUGUAUGACUGUAUGGGGAGGGGGCAUUAAUUUUUUUCUUUUUUUAGGGGCAUUAAAUUCAGCUUUCAACAAAACCAAAAUUUAACAGAUUAUAGUAUUUUUGUGGCAGCUUGGAUCCAUCACUGGGGAUAUUAUAUAUACAUGUAUCCUUUAAAUGAUAUAUGUAAGAACUUUAAUUUCAUUUUUAUUAUUAUAUCACCCAAAAGAUGGGUUACACAAAAGUUAUUGGUCCAAUAACAUUAACACAAAUGCUUUUGAAGAAAUUAAUAUCCAAAUUUCGGCCAUGCAAGACAUCCAAGAAGCAAGGAUAAGAUAUUGCGUACACCACUUUGCAACAAUCUUUUCUUAGCCACCUGAAAUCAUUUUCCGCCGCUAAUUUCAACGAAUCGUGACAUCCCGGCACUGUAUCUAUGGCGGAACAAUAAUUCGCAGCAGCUACUUCCGAUUGUUGGAAUACCAAUGCCGUGAAGAUUAGGGCUGACAAGAAAAACAUCAAAUUAGAUGGUUUCUUAUUCAUUUUUUUGGAGUUGAAAAUGACUAGCUAGUAUAAAAAGGACUAGCUAGUAUCUGGAGUUGAGAUCUUUUGUUGAGGUGAAUAAAUGAAAAAUGUUUCGUUUAUCUAUAUAGAAGAUAGUUGAAGACAGUAUGGCUAUAAAACGUAUUCAGUGAUAACCAUUGACUAUUGAAUAAAUUGAUAACGUAGAUCUCCUUAAUUUUUUCAGUCAGAAAAAAAAGAUAUCCCUCAUUUUACGGUACACUUCCCAUUUUGACUUAAACAAUUAAGGGAACAACAAUUAAGAAUUUUCUAUAUAUUAAUUGAGAAUCAUUUAAAAUGGAAUUGUAAUCUAUAUUUUAUACUAAUUAUAUAAAAUAGAUUUAAUGAUAUGUCACUUAGUUAUGACACUAAUUUGGCUUACAUGACAUAUUAACAACGAUUAAGAAUUUCCUAUUUAUUAAUUGAGAAUCAUUUAAAUUCUAUUGUAAUCUAUAUUUUAUACUAAUUAUAAAAUAUACUUAAUGAUAUGUCACUUAAUUAUGAUAUCAAUUUGGCUUACAUGACAUCAUAAUAAUUAAUUAAAUAAUAUGUAGGUCUAAAAUCUAAUUGUUUUGGAACAUUAUAUUAACCCAAAAUAUAAAAAGACUAUAUUAUUUCUUAAAUAAAAGUUACGGUAUUAUCGAAUAUGAUCAACAUAUUAUGAGAUUUGAUAUUAAUUUUGGUAUAUUUUCUCAUUUUUAGUUUAUUUUAUAUUAUUAAAAGAAAUUAAACAAUCACAUUAACCAUAUAAUAAAAAAAUUAGAUUUUUUCAUAUAUAUUACAUUUUUAAAUUUUGAAAAUGACUAUAAAUUACAAAAAAGUUAAAAAUCUCACUUUAAAAAUUUUGUGAUCAAUGGGUUAAAUGUUUUUGUUAUAACAAGAUACAAAUGAUCAUAAAAUCAUAUUAAUAUAAAUUUUUAUUUUUAGAUAUUUAUAUUAAAUCGUAUAUAUAUAUAUAUCUAUUUUAAUAUCGUUUAAUUAAAGUAUGUACCAUUUAAAAAUACAUAAACAUGUUAAUUUUGAAAUUUGCAUUGAAAAUGUUUCGAGACCUUAAUAUUUUAAUUUUGAAAUUCUCAUCAAAAAAUAUCACAUCAAAAAUUUUGGGUUAAUGGUUUAAAUUUUUUUGUUACAUCAAAUAUACAAAUGUUAAUAAAACCAUAUAAGUAGAAAGUAUCAAUAAUAAAUAUUUAUAUUAAAAUAUACUAUAAAUUAAUGUCAGUAUCAUUGAAAUUUAAUUAUAUACUACAUAAAAUAGAUAAAAUGAUUAUUUUGAUUUAUUUACCAUAAAAAUAUUGUAAAUAAACAAGAUAUAUUAUUUUAAUUUAUGUGGUUACUCUAAUUUCCUAUAUAUUAAUUGAGAAACAAUUGACUACUUUAGUGUAAGACUUUAUUUAUUAAUAUUUUUUGAAAAUCUAACAAGAGAUCGAUACAACGAAAAUUUAUUUAGAAGCUAUUGAAAUCACCUAGCGAGAACAUGGAUUGCACAAAAAAAUUUCUUUCAUAACCUUAACCCACUUUAUAUUUGUCACAUCACCGAUGGAGGGUAUAUGAAAAUGUCGAUUGACAAUAUGAAAUAGUAACGUUUUUUAAGUUCAGUCCAUUUUUUUCCAUGUAAUGAGUCUAGAACAAUUUUUAAUAGUUAACUAAAUUGCAAUGUACAUUGUAAAAUGUGUUUUGGUUUAAAUUUUUUUGCAUACCCAAAAUAAAUAUAAACUAUCAUCAUUUUUUCGUUUAAAUUUUUUUUACAAUAAAAAUAUAGGGUUGGAAAAAUUUUUUUAAAAAAACCAAACCAAACCCGACCCAAAAAAUAGUAUUGAACUUUAACCAAACUUGGUUAGAUAUCCGGAUAGCUUCAAAAUUUUGGUAUCUAAAGAACCCAUAAACGAACCGAAAUAUUUCGGAUAUCCGAAUAUAUCCGAACCAAAUUUAUAUACUUAAAUAUAUUAAUUCUUUUUAAAUUUAAUAUCUAAAAGGAUAUACAAAAUAUAUAAGAUGUUUUACAAUUGUCCAAAAUACUCAAAAAUAUAUACAAAUAGUUAUAAGUACAUGUUUUAAAAUAGCUAAAUGAUACUUAAAUUACCUAAACUACCUAAAAUAUCUAUUGAUUUCAUAUCCAAAUAUUUAAGGUACACUAAUUUUUAUGUUAAGUUUAAGUAUUUUGGCAUACAUUAUUCAAAUUUAUAUGUUAUAUAUUAAUUUUAUUUUGACAUUUUUAAAAAUUUAAUGUUUAUAUGAACUUUAAUUUUUGAAAAAAAUUAAAUAGGUUUAUAUGAACCCAAACACGAACUAAACCCGAAAAGAUCCUAACUGAACCAAAAUGGUACUUAAAUGUCCACCUCUAAUCAAAUGUAAAAAAAAGUUAUUGAUAACAAAAUGUAUAUUGUUUAUAAUAUUUAAUAUAAUAUAUUUUAUAAAAAAUUUACUCUGCGCAGGACGCGGAUUAUCAUCAGAUAAUAUAAAAUUGAGGGAAAGCAGAGAGGGAAAGGGAGUUGUGAUUAAUGAACGAGUAAACUCUACUCCUAACAAUCAAAACUAUUAUUGAGAAAAAAAAUAGAAGUCAAAUACUAGUAAAAACAAAAUGUGCUAAUAUAUGACUGUAUCAACGAUACCAACGUGAUGCAUGAAUUGGCCCCCACAUUGUUUUUGAACAUCCUCUUAAAUCUUAAUCAACUAGGAGAUUCGAAAUUCACUUCUUUGUGUUAGCAUACAUGUUCGGUGAUGAAAUACAUUUCGUUUUCAAGUAACAUAGAAUCAAUGUGGGGGCACUAAUUUCAGCAGAAAAGAAAAUGUACAUGUACUAUAUAUUGAAAUUUAUUUCUUUUAUUAUGAACUUAAACUCUGAAAAUGGGUUAUACAAAAGUUAUAACUUGGUCCGACCGUAUUAACACAAAUGAUUUUGAAGAUACUAAUAGGCAAAACGUGACGAUGGUUUUUGCAACAGUACUUCAUCGAACCAUUCUCUACCCAAAACCAGUAAACGCCGUGUCACAAUAUAUCCACAACCCAAAACCCCGAGAUCGCCAGAUCGCCAGAUCAGGUUUGGUUGAUGAUUCAAGCUCCCAUGGCCCGAAUGGCUAGAUUUGAUGGGUUACUUCGGAGAAUGCGUGACGGGUUCCAAAGAAUCGAAUCAUAUUCGCACUGCUCGUUUUGAUUUGAUUCUAUAUGGGUUUCUAUGCAUCUCGUGAAUGAAUUUGCUUUCUGGAUCAUUCGUUCCGUUAUAUUGUUUUAAGUGAGCUAAGAAUAUACUGAUUGGCAGUUUGGAUCCAUCUCUGGGGAUGUACAUGUCUCAUAUAACUGAUGUAAGAAGAACUUUAAUUUCAUUUUGUUUUAUUUAUAACUGAAAUGAUGGGUUACAUAAAAGUUAUACCGGUCCGUGAACAUUAACACAAAUUUUUUUAAAGGAGUUAAUAUCCUUAUGUCGGCGAUUCAUGACAGGCAAUAAGCAAUGAUGAGGAAAUGAGUACACCACUUUGCAACAAUCUUUUCUUAGCCAUCUGUAAUCAUUUUCUGCUGCUAAUUUCAACGAAUCAUAACAUCCCGGCACUUUAUCUAUGGCCGCUGUCGAACAAUAUUCCACCUUAGCUGCUGCUUCCGACAAUGCCGUGAAGAUUAGGGCUAACAAGAAAAACAUCAAUUUAGAUUGUUUUGUAUUCAUUUUUGGAGGAUUGAAAAAGAACUAGCAGGUAUUCUUUUAUGGUUUUGGAUUCUCUAGAGUUGAGAACUUUUGUUCUGGUGAAUAUACGAAAAAGGUUUGCUUUAUAUAAAUAAAAGGUAGAGAUGAAAGACAGUAUGGCUAUAUAAUGAAAUCAAUGAUAACCAUUGAUUAUCGAAGAAUUGAUAAAUAGGUAUCCCUCAUUUUACGGUACACUUCUCAUUUUUCCCUAUUAUUAGAAAAUCAAGGAACACCAAUAAGGAAAUAGGGAAAUCACAGAGAGAAAGGGAGUUA